AUGGUAAAAUGGAAAAGAGAAAAAGUUCAGGAUCAUAAAUUUGAUUUUGUCGAUGUACAAGAGUUUGAAAAGGAUAGUUUUAUUGGUGCUUUAUUAGUAACUGACAGAUGGGCAGGAGGAAUUAAACCAAAAAUUCCUUUUGUUGUAUCAAAAUGGAUCGUUGUUGGUUCUAUAUGUUUUUCAUUUUUAUUAUUAUUUAUUGAAGUUAGGAAAGCGAGAUUAAUUGUAGCUUCAAGAGAUAUUUCUUUUGCCUUUACAAGUAUAGUGGCUUAUCGUUAUUAUACUUUAACAAGUUAUGCUCAUUGGUGUUUCUUUCAAGAAAUAAGAAGUCAACAAAAAGGACAAGAUAAAAUCGCUUUCUUUGUAUUUUUUUCUUUUAAAGGAUGGAAACGUUUAUUAUUUUGUGAUGGUCCUCGUCAAGUAAUUAAUGCUAUGACUUUAUUCACAAUUUUCAGUGAAAAAGGUUUUACUACAAACUAUAGUGCAUAUGGUUCAAUAUUUACGCGAGCUUCGAUGGGCGUCAUUAUUUUCACCGUUUCAAUGUUCUUUAUAUCUGCUUGCUUGUUAUUUUUUGCGUUUCUUUUAUACAUUCCUAUUUUAUGCAAGAUUCGAGGGAAUUUAAAAGAAUACUGUUGUCAUUUAAUUGAUAAGAGAAUCAGCGAACUUCUUAAAAGACAAAAACAUAAAAGACAAAACGAGUCAAAGAGCACUAAUAAUCAUUUUGAUGGAGUGGCUCCAACGUUACCAAACAUUGAUGAUGAUAAUCUAGCUCAAAAUCAUAAAAUAUACGCAACUCCACCGUCAAUACAACCACAUAAUGAUCCUCCACCAAUGAUGUUUAACAAUUAUAACGCAAAGCCACCAGCGGACCCAUAUAUUUUGGGAAGACCUAAUGUUCAAGUGCCACAUUAUAAUCCCCCACCUCCUCAAGGGGUUUAUACUCAUCAUAAUAAUGGUAGUGCAGUUUCUUUAGAAAAAAGUGGUUAUAAUAAUCCCUAUACGAGUAGAAGCGGUAGUAUUGCAUCACCGGGUAUUGUCCCAAUGUACGAUCAACAAAGUCAACCUAUUGGAAUGGAAUAUCCUCCAAGUAAUAAUUCAAAUUCUGCUUACUCAGAUCAAUAUUCAGGUGGUCAAGGAAGGCAUCCUUAUCCUGCUUCUCCUCCAUAUCAACCUCAACAUCAAUAUCCUUACCAGCAAAUGCCACCACAAAAUCAAGGUGGUUAUAAUGACGUGGAUCCAAAUGUUGCUAUUUACGAUGACUAUCAUCAAUAUUAUGAAGAAAACGCUUAUGAUUCUUAUCCAAUGCCUCCGCAUUCUCAACAAUCCCCUCAAAAUACACAUUUCGUUCCAAUCGAUACUGCAAGACAACAAACUACCAAUGCAAUUCCUCCAGCACAACGAAAUCCAUAUCCACCUCGUUCACCUCAUAAAACACAUUUUGCUCCAAUAGAGACUGCACGACAACAAACUUCGAAUGCAAUUCCCCCAUCACAACGAAAUCCACACCCACCUCGUACAACCCAUUCGCCUCAAAGUGCACAUUCUAAUGCUUCAUCUGCAAGGUAUCAUCAGAAUCCAUCAUCUAGACAUUAUCAACCACAAGGUGGUACAAGAUCAUAA